AUGUCGGCUGGAAAAUUUGAGCUGCAUAAUCUUUCUCCCAAAGUCUUCAGACAUGAGCGGGCUUCCAACACUGAUUUUACUUUAACCAGUCUGACUGAGCUCUCUAGCGACUCCAGUCAGUGGGAACUCCAGCACUCUGCUUUUGACACCACAGAUGUGCAAAAGUUGUACUCAUCUUGUCAAGGGCUUGAGAAGAGAAUGUGGGCAGCCCAGGGUGAAGACAAUGAAGGAAUGAAUGUAAGCAAAAGUGAGAUAACAACAGAAGCUUCGUUGAAACCAUCUCGGAGAUCCUUGCCUUGCCUGGCUCACAGCUAUGCUCAUUCAAAAAGCUUGAGCCAAUCUGCUUCACUGUUCCAGUCAACUGAGAGUGAAUCUCAGGCUCCAACUUCCGUAACAUUUCUUUCUGCUGAUAAGCCUGAGCAUGUUAAUUCUGAGGAGAGUAAAAAAGACUCUACUCUCAAAUGUUCCUUUGCUGACUUCAGUGAGUUUUGCUUGGCUCUAGGCAAAGAUAAGGAUUACAUGGAUGAAUCUGAACAUGCCAACUAUGACCGAUCUCGUCUCCUUAAUGACUUUGUUAUCAAAGAUAAGCCUGAGUCGAAGACAAAAUUAUCUAAGAAUGACAUGAAUUACAUAGCAUCCAGUGGACUCUUAUUUAAAGAUGGCAAAAAGCGAAUUGAUUACAUCCUGGUUUAUCGAAAGACAAACAUCCAAUAUGACAAAAGAAACACAUUUGAAAAGAACCUCAGAGCAGAAGGCUUGAUGUUGGAAAAGGAGCCAGCUAUUGCAAACCCUGAUAUUAUGUUUAUUAAAAUUCAUAUUCCGUGGGACACACUGUGCAAGUAUGCAGAGAGGUUGAACAUCAGGGUGCCCUUCAGGAAAAAAUGUUACUACACUGACCAGAAGAACAAAUCAAUGAGCAGGGUACAAAAUUAUUUCAAAAGAAUCAAAAAAUGGAUGUCCCAAAACCCCAUGGUUCUUGACAAGUCAGCGUUUCCAGAACUGGAAGAGUCAGACUGCUACACUGGCCCGUUCAGCAGAGCCAGGAUUCACCACUUUAUAAUAAACAAUAAGGACACCUUCUUCAGCAAUGCUACUCGAAGCAGGAUAGUUUAUCACAUGCUGGAGCGCACCAAAUAUGAAAAUGGAAUAUCAAAAGUGGGUAUCCGUAAACUUAUAAAUAAUGGCUCAUACAUAGCAGCAUUCCCCCCACAUGAGGGAGCCUAUAAGAGUAGUCUGCCCAUCAAAACUCACGGACCUCAGAAUAACAGGCAUCUGUUGUAUGAGCGCUGGGCACGCUGGGGAAUGUGGUACAAGCAUCAGCCUCUGGACUUAAUCAGGCUAUACUUUGGUGAGAAGAUUGGGUUGUAUUUCGCCUGGCUGGGAUGGUACACUGGCAUGCUGAUUCCUGCAGCAGUUGUUGGCCUGUGUGUUUUCUUCUACGGAUUAGUUACAAUGAAUGAAAGUCAAGUAAGCCAAGAAAUUUGUAAAGCCACCGAAGUCUUCAUGUGCCCUCUCUGUGACAAGAAUUGCUCACUGCAGAGACUCAAUGACAGCUGCAUCUAUGCCAAGGUAACAUAUUUGUUUGAUAAUGGAGGGACAGUCUUCUUUGCUAUUUUUAUGGCAAUAUGGGCCACAGUCUUUCUUGAGUUUUGGAAAAGAAGAAGAAGUAUACUGACCUAUGCCUGGGACCUUAUUGAAUGGGAAGAAGAGGAGGAAACACUUCGCCCCCAGUUUGAAGCAAAAUAUUACAGAAUGGAGGUGAUAAACCCCAUUACAGGGAAACCUGAGCCUCACCAGCCUUCAUCUGACAAAGUCACACGCCUUCUUGUGUCUGUCUCAGGAAUCUUCUUCAUGAUCUCUUUGGUCAUCACAGCUGUGUUUGCAGUGGUUGUAUAUCGCCUGGUUGUCAUGGAACAGUUUGCAUCAUUCAAGUGGAAUUUCAUCAAGCAGCACUGGCAGUUCGCUACCUCUGCUGCUGCUGUCUGUAUCAAUUUCGUAAUCAUCAUGCUGCUGAAUCUUGCUUAUGAAAAAAUUGCAUACCUCCUCACUAACUUAGAAUAUCCUCGAACAGAAUCAGAAUGGGAAAACAGCUUUGCCUUGAAAAUGUUCCUUUUCCAAUUUGUCAAUCUGAACAGUUCUAUCUUCUAUAUUGCAUUUUUUUUGGGAAGAUUCGUAGGCCACCCAGGAAAAUACAAUAAACUUUUUGAGCGAUGGAGACUGGAGGAAUGCCAUCCUAGUGGCUGUCUGAUAGACCUCUGCCUGCAGAUGGGAGUCAUCAUGUUUUUGAAGCAAAUAUGGAACAACUUCAUGGAGCUGGGAUAUCCGUUAAUCCAAAACUGGUGGUCACGACAUAAAAUCAAGCGAGGAAUACAGGACGCUUCCAUACCACAAUGGGAAAAUGACUGGAAUCUUCAACCCAUGAACAUUCAUGGACUGAUGGACGAGUACUUAGAAAUGGUUUUGCAAUUUGGUUUUACUACCAUCUUUGUUGCUGCUUUUCCUCUGGCCCCUCUUUUGGCUUUGUUAAACAAUAUCAUAGAAAUAAGAUUGGAUGCAUAUAAAUUUGUGACCCAGUGGAGAAGGCCUCUGCCAGCCCGAGCAACUGACAUAGGUAUCUGGCUUGGAAUUCUUGAGGGAAUUGGCAUACUGGCUGUGAUCACCAAUGCAUUUGUAAUUGCUAUUACAUCUGACUACAUCCCACGUUUUGUCUACGAAUACAAAUAUGGCCCUUGUGCAAAUCAUGUAAAGCAGAAUGAGAAUUGCCUAAAAGGAUAUGUCAACAAUAGCCUAUCCUUCUUUGACCUGAGUGAACUUGGGAUGGGAAAAUCUGGUUACUGCAGGUACCGAGACUAUAGAGGCCCACCUUGGAGUUCCAAGCCCUAUGAGUUCACGUUACAGUACUGGCACAUUCUCGCUGCUCGGCUGGCCUUCAUUAUCGUGUUUGAGCACCUCGUGUUUGGGAUUAAGUCAUUCAUUGCAUACCUGAUUCCAGAUAUACCAAAGGGCCUCCGUGAGCGCAUACGACGAGAGAAAUACUUAGUCCAAGAAAUGAUGUAUGAGGCUGAACUGGAGCAUUUACAGCAACAGAGGAGAAAAAGCGGUCAGCCUAUUCACCACGAAUGGCCUUAGGCAGUGCCUGUUAACCAAAAGGGGAGGUACCAUGAGUGUGAAGGAAUGAGGCCCUUGAAAUGUAGAUGGGAUCCAAGAGGAAAGCAUAGUUGGCAAAACCACAUGUAUAAAAUGCUACUUGGAAAUACAUCACAGCAGCCUCUGGGAUUGAAAUACUCAGACUUCUGAGGAAAGAAAAGACUUGUGACCUCCAAAGGGAUGCAACUGACAUGGCAGGGAGUCAGGCUCUGAUUCUCAGAGCAAGCCCUCAGGGGAGUUCUGUGUUUGGAGUCCACCCAGUUCCAUCAGCAGCAGAGCAAGUAGGAAAUGCAGUGACGAAAUUUCCAGAGACAGAUUUCCACGUAAAUGUUCACAAGCUGGGAAUACUAAUCAGAUUCUAGAACUUGCAGUUGAGUUCAGACAUUCACAAGAAAUGAGUUAAAUCAGUUGUUGGCUCUGAUGUCAGAACUCCAUGUUUCUUCAGCUUACAGGCUGGUGGAGUUGUUUUUGUCUCAUUGAGAUAAUGGGUGUAUGCACACGGCAUUUAUGCUGCUUUAUGUCGACUAUGCACUUGAACAGUUGCACACCACCAUAGUAGUCAAACCAAAAAUCCAAAUUCCAAAAAGAACACCUUGGAAUAAUUCUAUUAUAUUGGCUGUGAUUUAAGUUUGCUUUAUCACUCAAAGCCAAGUGCACUGCCCAUUUUUUUAAUUAAUGAAUGCCACAGAUCCACUUUAAAUAUAUGAAUGCCUAUUCUUGUAUCAUGUAGACAUGACUAAUUCGUACUUUACUGAAGAAGCCUAUCUUAUAUUCUAUUCCAUGUGCUCCUCUCUGAGUUAUUACAAUCUCACAGAACACUAUGUUGAAACAAUGUAAAUAUGUCAAUGUUCUUUCACUAUUUGCACUUUUUAACACUGUGUAAUGCGAGUUCCAGCUUAUGGAACUCUAAGACUAGUUACACAGGAUGCUACUGUAAUUUCUCUGUUCAUUCAGGAAGUCCAAAGCCAAAUGUUCUGCAGCACUUAUGCUUUUUCUAUAAUAUGCACUAUCAAUUAUGAGCUAAUGAAAUAAUGCAUGCAUAGAGUGUAUUAUUUGCAUAAAAUACCUUUCUGAGUUUCACUUUUUAAUCAUAGAAUGGAGAUUUCUUGGUUUUGAUUUGUUUUGUUUUGUUUUUGGAUGAGUUGACUUUUAUUUAAUUUCAAAACUCUCUAGAAACAAAGUCAAAUUAAUUAAGAAGAUCAUAAUUUCAUUUGUUGUAGACUCCUUAUUUGAAUGUCAAUUUUGUCCACACACUGGAGGAGCACAAAUGAAGGGGUGUUUCAAUUCAAGAAAGUUCAGAGAAGGCAUAAAUUAAGGAGGCAGAAUAGAAUGAAAGGCAAGGGGUGAAGUAUAUGGUUAUAUGGUAAAAAUCAAUACCCCUUCCCUUGCAAAACAAGAUGGGCUAAGCUUUUUUCCCUUGAGAAUAAGGUGGGAAAUAACACAGAGAACACACAUAUACACAUACACACAGAGAACACACACAUACACAUACACACAGAAAGAGAGCAUGAUUUGUUCAAUUUGCUUUUGUUCAAUUAAGCAAAACAGAAAUAUUUACAAAAUUUAAAAUAUUGGAUUAGGCAUACACAAAAAUGAAACUACUUUGCACACAUACUAAUAAAUCUCUAAAACUAAUCGAAGAAAUUAGUUUCACUUACUGGAAGUGUGCUGUCCUAAUCCUAAAAUUUAAAAAAAAAGAUUUGUUGACUUGAUUAUGGUUGUUUUAUAGUUUCUCCCAAGGACAUUCACUUGUCUAUUUUCUUUGUGAUUCUGGGCCAGGUAUGCACUGGGACUCUAAAUUAUUCCACAGGAUCUGAAAAUGUAGCUCAGUGGUAAUGUGUGUCUAACAUGCAUGAGGUACACAUGGACUCAACUCUGAGCACCACUAAAUACAUACAUAUACAUAAUACAUAAUACAUGCAUACAUACAUAUAUAUACAUAUAUACAUAUGAGAUAGGUGGUAAAUUCCUACAGAAAUCCUUGUUCCUGGGAUUCUUUUACUGCAAAUAUAAUGGCUAAUUCCACAAAUUAUCCAAUAGAUAUUUCAGCUCCUCAAUUUUGGAGCAUUUGUGCUCCCUUUUCUUUAUUAAUUAAAUGUAUACAUGUGCCUGAGCAUAAUAUUUUCUUUACCUAGCAUUUACAUCUUUUCCAAAUUAGGGAUGCAAGACAUACAUGGGUCGUACAGGAGGACAAACAAUAAUAGCUGUUUCCUUGAGAAUUCUUUUUCUAAAGUUUUCUAUAGUCCAUUGGGGUUUAAGUCAUAUUGAUUGAUAUGAACAAAGAAAGAUAUUUUAAUAAAAGUUGUAGUAUAUUAAUUUAGAAACGUGUUCCCUUAUAUUUUUGAAACAGAUAUGAGAAACAGAGAAUCAAAAAAUUGUCUGAAAUAUUUGUUUUGUAAGCAGUUGCAGGACAAUCAAACUUGGUGUUAUCAUAACUGACAAUAAAACACAGACAGCCCCUCACAGUAUGUUAACUUUAGAGGAUCACUCUGCUUAAGUUGAGAGAAAUGUUUUAUAUGUGUUUUUCAUAUGAAUAUGAAGUAUUUCUCAAAGAUUUACAGCACACUAUAUUCUCAGGAAUUCUGUAUGAUGUGAAUGCUGCUCAUAUAUUUUCGUAUUCUCACUUGUUAUCUUUUUAUGCUAAUAAUUAAUGAAUAUGUGCAUGCAGUCUGCCUUGACAAGUUGUGUGAACCACUUUAAGUCUUAACUGUAAUCGUCUGAGUCUGUGUAGGCACUUUUAGGUGAGACACUGCUGCCUGGCUGCAUGAUGAGAUUCAACUUGAAUGCUAAAUGAUUCUUGGCACAAUAUACUAUACAAUGGAAUGGAUAGAAGAUUUUUUCACUCAAUAAAUUAUCAUUUUUACUAUAAUCUGCACAUUACAGUUCAUUCUGUUUUGGGGUUUUUUGUUUGUUUGUUGUUGUUGUUGUUGUUGUUGUUGUUUUUUCAAGACAGAGUUUCUCUGUGUAGCAUUGUGCCUUUCCUGGAUUUCACUCUGUAGACCAGGCUGGCCUUGAAUUCACAGAGAACCACCUGCUCUGCCUCCCGAGUGCUGGGAUUAAAAGCG